UAGUAGAACGAAAUGCUUUGGAACUGAUUGCGGUGUAGUGGAGAGUGACAUCGCUCGCUGAACGAAGAAACUCCUGCGAGGCAAGGGAAUACACAUUUUAUAGCAAAUUUCGUUCAGCAAACUUGAGAAAUGAAAUAUAUACAUUAAACGAGAAAAAGGAAUAAAACCAAAAAUGACGGUGGAUUUUGAAGAAUGUAUUAAGGAUUCGCCCAGAUUCAGGGCGAACAUCGAUGAAGUGGAGACAGACGUGGUGGAAAUCGAAGCUAAGCUAGAUAAGCUGGUGAAGCUAUGCAGUGGGAUGAUCGAGGCGGGUCGGGCGUACGUCAGCGCCAACAAGCUCUUCGUCACCGGCGUCCGGGACCUGUCCCAGCAGUGCAAGAAUGACCAGAUGAUCUCGGAGUGCCUGGAGAAGUGCGGGGAGCGUCUCCAGGAAAUCGUCAACUACCACACGAUUCUCUUCGAUCAAGCUCAGAGGUCCGUGAAGCAGCAGCUGCACAACUUUGUGAAAGAGGACAUCCGCAAGUUCAAGGACACGAAGAAGCAGUUCGACAAGGUGCGGGAGGACAUGGAGAUCGCCCAGGUGAAGAAUGCCCAGGCGCCCCGUAACAAGCCCCACGAGGUGGAGGAGGCCACCGGCACCCUCACCCUCACCCGGAAGUGCUUCCGCCACCUCGCCCUGGACUACGUGCUGCAGAUCAAUGUUCUGCAGGCAAAGAAGAAAUUUGAAAUCCUAGAUGCGAUGCUGUCAUUCAUGCACGCCGAGUACACGCUCUUCCACCAGGGCUACAACCUGCUGGACGAGAUCGACCCCUACAUGAAGAAGCUAGCAGCCGAGCUGGACCAGCUGGUGAUCGACUCGGCCAUGGAGAAGAGAGAGAUGGAGCACAAGCACGCCAUCAUCCAGCAGAGGACCUUAAUGCAGGACUUCUCCUACGAUGACUCCAAGGUGGAGUUCAACGUGGACGCCCCCGACGGCGUGGUGAUGGAGGGGUACCUGUUCAAGAGGGCCAGCAACGCCUUCAAGACCUGGAACAGACGGUGGUUCUCAAUACAGAACAGCCAACUGGUGUAUCAGAAGAAGCUAAAGGAUGCCCUGACGGUGGUGGUGGAAGACUUGAGGCUGUGUUCAGUCAAACCCUGCGAGGACAUCGAGAGGAGGUUCUGCUUCGAGGUUGUCUCUCCCACAAAGAGCUGUAUGCUGCAGGCGGAGUCUGAGAAGCUGCGGCAGUCCUGGAUCCAGGCUGUGCAGGCCAGCAUCGCCUCGGCCUACAGAGAGAUCCCCGACAACUACUACAUCGAGCGUUUGGACCGCACCGCCUCCCCGUCCACCAGCAGCAUCGACUCGGCCAGCGAGCCGCGGGAGCGCAGCGUGCGGGGGGGCGAGAGCAUCGUGCAGCGCGCCCAGGGCAUCCCGGGCAACGAGCAGUGCUGCGACUGCGGCCAGCCCGACCCGCGCUGGGCCAGCAUCAACCUGGGCAUCCUGCUGUGCAUCGAGUGCUCCGGCAUCCACAGGAGUUUGGGGGUUCAGUGCUCGAAGGUCCGAUCACUGACUCUGGACUCAUGGGAGCCUGAGUUACUGAAGCUGAUGUGUGAGCUGGGCAAUGGAACCGUCAAUCAGAUCUACGAGAGCACAUGCGAGCAGCUGGGUCUGAAGAAACCGGGGCCGUCCAGCUCCAGGCAGGAGAAGGAGGCCUGGAUAAAGGCCAAGUACGUGGAGAAGAAGUUCCUGAAGAAGAUGGCGGGCAGCGAGGCGCUGGCGGACGCGGAACGCAAAUCCCGCCGCUGGAGCGACAAGAAGUGCCGGCGCCACAACAGCUCCGUCAGAGCGCUCCAGUCCCGCCGCAAGUACCGGCGGGAGCCCGGCAGCGCCUCCCCCGGCAACCUCUCCUCAGGUAGCCCGGCAACAGCGCCUCACAGCCCUACUAUUCACUUCCUCAGCAGCAACGGUGUGGCGCGAUGGUUAGGGAACUGGGCUCGAAACUCAAAGGUUGCGGGUUUGACUCCCAGCUGUGAACGUGUCCUUGGCUUGGCACUUUCUGGCCCGGCAGGUCUCAGCAGUGACAGCGGUCUCGGCGGCAGCACCGACGGCAGCACCGACAUCCUGGUGUUCGGCUCCGUGGUGGACAGCGUCACAGAGGAAGAGUGUGAGGAGUCUGAGGAGUCCAGCGGGGAGGUGGAGCUGGAGCCGGAGGCGUCGGACCCGGAGGACCUGCGGGACCUGCACCCGGGGGCCCUGCUGUACAAGGCGUCCCGCGCCCGAAACCUGCCCGUCAUGGCCGAGGCGCUGGCGCACGGGGCCGACGUCAACCUGGCCAGCGAGGAGGACGAGGGCAAGAGCCCGCUCAUACAGGCAGUUAUGGGGGGCUCCCUCAUCGCCUGCGAGUUCCUGCUCCAAAAUGGCGCCGACGUGAACCAAAGAGACAUGCGGGGACGCGGCCCCCUCCACCACGCCACGUACCUGGGUCACACAGGGCAAGUGUGCCUGUUCUUGAAGCGGGGUGCCACUCAGACCGACGGAGACGAGGACGGACACGACCCCCUGAGCAUCGCCGUGCAGGCCGCCAACGCCGACAUCGUCACCUUGCUGCGCCUGGCCCGGAUGAACGAGGAGAUGCGGGAGUCGGAGGGCCCCUUCGGACAGCCAGGGGACAGCACGUACGCCGACAUCUUUCGGGAGUUUUCUCACUUGGCGUCACACAAUCCCGAAAAGCUGAAGCGAAGGAGCCGGCACUUCCGACACUCCUUCAGGUAGCGCCCGCGCCCGAGCUCGCGCCCCAGCGGGAACUCGCGGGAAAGCCGUCCUCGUACUUGAAGAGCGCCGUCGUCACUUUCUGAGCUCCCCGAUUCAUCCGUUUUUUUCCGGAAUGUUCCUCUAUCGACAAAAAACGGACGUCCUGUUCAGUAUAAAGGGGAAAUGGGGGGGGGGGGGGGGGGGGUUUUAAAGUCUUUGGAGCCAUUCCAACGGUGAAUAAAUUUAAGGAUGAUUGAGUAUAGAAGGCUGUACUCUGAAUGAUUAUCAGUGGAAUGCUGAUUUUAUUUAGCCAACCAUAUUUACCACUAUCAUCUUAACGGAAACAUUACAUUAGAAAUAAAAGUUGAUUGGAAUUUGCAAAUGAACGACAUAGACAUUUCUGAGUUGGACAUUCAAAAACAUCCACAAAUAAAUGUUACAUUCAUGAAUGCUUUCAACAUUCACAACACCGUUUUCCGUGGGUUUCUAUGGAUAUUUGCUAUAUAUAUUGGUUUCAUAUCCAAGAUGCUUCUAAGCUCACACUUACAUGGUCAACCAUUGUAGGCAAGACUGAAGAAUAAUUUAUAGCUCAGUUGGAGAGUGUCAGGUGCUUUCAGAUUUCUUUUUUUUUUUU